CGAUCAUUUAAUUAUCUCGCUUCUGAUGAUCAUCUAAACGAGGAAACAUUUUUAGUCAGAGAAAUACUUUGGACUUGAAAGUAUAACAGAAGCGACUAAUGGAUGGUUCAGGUCCAAGAGAAGGAGGAGGAGCUAUGAAGCCGGUGAUAUUGAGAGUUGGUGUUGCUCUUGUAUUAUCAGCAACUGGUUUGAUCUUGGCCAGGUUCGUUUCUCGGAAAGAAGAUAAUGAGGUAACUUAUUCUGCAAGCAAUCCAGCGUCUUCUUCAUCACCUGGCAGAAGAAAUGAUGGAGAAGAUGAAGAAACAGAGAGCUUAGAUGAUCAUCAGAAGCGAGAGAUUCUCGGAUUAAAAUCCAGAUUCGAGGAGCUUCAGAGGAAGGAAUACGAGAUGGAGUUGCGUUUCGAACGUUAUUGUAGCUUGAAAGAUCAAGAAGUCAUGCUUAUGGAGCACAAAAGCAUGCUGGUUCUUGAGAAAGCUCAAUUAGAUUUCUUCCGCAGAGAAGUUUCUGCGAUGGAGGAAGAACAAAAGAGGGGUCAAGAUUUGGUGAUUGUGUAUCUCAAACUGGUGGGAGAAAUCCAAGCGUUGAGAUCAGAGAAUUGGUUGAUUGAAGGGAAAGCAAAGAAGCUCAGGAGAAGAGGAAAACAGUUAUACCACGUUUUAAACGAGAAGAACAGGAGGAUUAUUGCCCUGGAAAAAGAGUUCUUGAAGUGUAUUGAGGAUUUGGAGAUGAAGAAUAGCGUUGUGAAGGAACUUGAAGGUGAAGUUAAAGACCUAAAAGCUAACGUUAAUGCGUUGCAAGAGGAAAAGGAAGAAGUAUACAAGAAGUCAUCAGAAAAUUCUAAAUCAGAGAUGGUGAGUGUAGAAGAUUAUAGAAGGGUAUUAGAAGAGUAUGAGGAUUUGAAGAAGGAAUUCGCUAAUGGAGUGAAGGAAUUGAUUAACCUGAGAUGGAGCAAUGCUUGUUUGAGGCACCAGGUGAUGAGAAAUGGAACCAAUUAUGGGGAAUUAGCGUUUUCUCCAAAUCGAAGCUUGCAAGAGUUGGAAAUGGAGGAUCAAGCGGAUGCUCUAGCAUUGACAGUAGCUGAUGAGCAUCAUGAAGAGGAUAACCAUGAUGGUGAUGAAGAGAAUAACCAUCAUCAUCAUCAUGAAACUUCAAGGAGGAAGAGGUUGAUGAAGAAGCUUAAGAGAUGGGUCGAAGGAAAUGAGAAGGGAAAACCAACAAAGCCAGAGGAAAGAUGUUUCGGAAGGCACUCUUUGACGAUAGAAUCUGACGAAGAACGGAUGUUUCAUUCAAGAAGAUCGUGUUCUAGCGUGUAAAGUAGCAAGUCUUGCUUUGCAAGAGAAGCAUUGAAUGUUUUCAGGAUUUCUCCAACCCUAACAUAGUCAUGGUCCCAUGAAAAUGAGUUAUGCAGUGUAUUGUGCAUACGAAAACAAAAGCAA